GGGGAGACGGUGGAACAUCUUGGCCGAUGAUCUCAGCCCUCCAGCGGGUACAGACCCAGCAAGAGAGGGCCUGGAGGAGAGAGGCUGGCUGUGGAUCCCGUUGUCAGGCAGGGUGCAUUCUCUGGGGGAUGGAAGCAGCAGGACUCCCCUGCGAGCUCCACAGAUCUCCAGGGUGUGAUUGUGUAGAAGAAUAGCCCCGCUGUUCUCUAAUCCCUCAUCUCCUCUCUUCAUCCCUCUCUCCCCCUACCCUGCUUUGUGAAUUGAGGAUGAGUGUGAGGUGGGACUCACACAGAGACAGGGUCAUGUCUAGGUCACUCUUCCUCCUCUUCCUCUGGUCCCUCUGCUCACCCUGUCUGUCUAUCCAUGCGGAGACAGCAGAGAGCCACAGUACGUUUACCUGUGAGCCAAUAGGACUACGGAUGUGCCAGGACCUGCCUUACAACACCACCUUCAUGCCCAACCUCCUCAACCACUACGACCAGCAGACGGCCGCGCUCGCCAUGGAGCCCUUCCACCCCAUGGUGAACCUGCAGUGUUCGGAGGACCUGAGGAUGUUCCUAUGUGCCCUCUACGCUCCAGUCUGUAUGGAGUAUGGCCGCGUGUCCAUGCCCUGCCGAGCCCUGUGCCACCGCGCCAAGAGGGACUGCCACAAACUCAUGGAGAUGUUCGGUGUGACCUGGCCAGACGAGAUAGAGUGUAGCAGGUUCCCAGACUGUGACGAGGCCUACCCCCGUACUGUGGACCUGCAAACCAGCGUGGACCCCACAGACAUCUCUCCCAUCUCCAUCCAGAGGGACUACGGUUUCUGGUGCCCCCGCGAGCUCAAGAUGGAGCCUGACCUGGGCUACUCGUUCCUGGGCACGCGCGACUGCUCGGCCCCCUGCCCCAACAUGUACUUCCAGCGCUCGGAGCUCACCUUCGCCCGCUACUUCAUCGGCGUGGUGUCUAUCGUGUGUCUCGCGGCAACGCUCUUCACCUUCCUCACGUUUCUCAUCGACGUCACGAGGUUCCGCUACCCCGAGCGGCCAAUCAUCUUCUACGCCAUCUGCUACAUGAUGGUGUCACUGGUCUUCUUUCUGGGCUUCCUAUUGGAGGACAGGGUGGCGUGCAAUGCGGCGAACCCCGCCCAGUACCGGGCGGCCACCGUCACGCAGGGCUCACACAACAAGGUGUGCUCUCUGUUCUUUAUGGUGCUGUAUUUCUUCACCAUGGCUGGCAGUGUGUGGUGGGUCAUCCUCACCAUCACCUGGUUCCUGGCGGCCGUUCCCAAAUGGGGCAGCGAGGCCAUCGAGAAGAAGGCCCUGCUCUUCCACACCUGCGCUUGGGGCCUGCCAGGCUGCCUCACCGUGGCCCUGCUGGCCCUCAACAAGAUUGAGGGCGACGGUGUGAGUGGGGUGUGCUUCGUAGGCCUCUACGACGUCACAGCGCUGCGCUGGUUCCUGCUAGCACCGCUCUGCCUCAACGUGGCGGUGGGUGUAUCUCUGUUACUGGUGGGCAUUGUGGCGCUGAACCGUGUGCGUAUGGAGAUCCCUCUGGAGAAGGAGAACCAGGACAAGCUGGUGAAGUUUAUGAUCCGUAUUGGGGUUUUCUCUGUGCUCUACCUGGUACCUCUGCUCACGGUGAUAUCCUGCUACCUGUAUGAACACAGCAACAGGGGUGUCUGGGAGAUCACCUGGGUCCAGGAGCGCUGCAGAGACUACCACAUACCCUGUCCCUAUCAGGUUGAGCAGACCAGUCACCCAGAUCUGACCCUGUUCCUCAUUAAGUACAUGAUGAUGCUGGUGGUGGGGAUUCCUUCGGUUUUCUGGGUGGGCAGCAAGAAGACCUGCUUCGAAUGGGCCAGCUUCCUACAAGGACGCAGACGCAAAGAUAGUGGGGUGAAUGAGAGCAGACAGGUGCUCCAGGAGCCAGACUUUGCCCAAUCUCUACUGAGAGACCCCCACACCCCCAUCAUCAGGAAAUCACGGGGAACCUCCACCCAGGGCACCUCCACCCACGCCUCUUCCACUCACCUGGCCAUUCUGGACGAGCCUGAUGACCCUAGACACGUCCCCGACGACCGUGGACCAAUCCACUCUCUGGGCCACGCCUCCUCUACCCGCAGCAAGGCUGGCAGCGUGCACAGCAAGACCAGUUACCAUGGCAGCCUGCAUCGCUCCCGAGAUGGACGCUACACCCCCUGUAGUUACAGAGGCGGCGAGGAGCAAACAAUACCCCCCCACAGCAGCAUGCCUCACCUCGACCAUCCUCUGUCCACUCACAGCAGCCUCCACCGACUGGAAUCCCAAUCACGGCACAGUAGCCAGCGUGAUCUCGUCGUUGCCUCACCCACCCGUAUCACCCACGGGACGAGCGAUGGCCGCGUUGCUAAUGAUGACGAUGGAGCCAGCGCCUGACCGGAAUCAGGAAAUGUCAUCACCGCGGAACAGGAAGUUGUAAGUUGUUGACCCGCUCCCCACCUUUGACAGACACAUAGGUUCCUCACAUUCAGGAGGAGGGGUGUGAGGGGGUGUGGCCUUCAGUUUAACUGACAGAUGGAUCACUCCUGGACAGCCUUUCACUGAGGUUGCUAAUUAGCGAGAUGCUAAUUGCUAACCCUCAGUCAAGCAGUUGACAUUGGACUGGGCUCCCUACGGAGAGACUGGUUACAGAGACAGAGAGCCAGCCCACUAUGGAUGACGUGGGUUGUGUACAGGGGUUGCAACCAAAAUUAUUUUCAUUCCAUUUAACUGUUCCAACCAGCAAAAUAAAGUUAUGAACUGGUUUGAAUCCCCCAAAAAGUAUGUUUUAUAUAGGUCCUUUCUGUUCCUUUUUUAAAUCUCCGAAUUUUUUAUUUUUUAAAAACAUUUAACUCGACAUUAAAUGACUUCGCCAAUGAAUGGAGCAGCUUGCUAUGGAGUGGGCAUGCUAUGUACAUGCAUUGGACAGACAAGUGUUGUGUAGUGUACGAGAUGAGACUGACAUUUUGUGGGUGAGAAGAGUGCUGGGCAUGAAGAGCUGGGCAUCUUGUUGUUAUGACAUACAUUAUCUGAAUUAGGCCCACAGAAUUAUACCUACGGAGGAGCAGCUUCUAUGAAGGAACAUUGAAUGUCUUUGAACUUCAGAGAGUUGGGUUGACUAACGUUGAACCAGAGCUAGCCCUUGACCAUGACUCAUUUCCAUGACAUUACACAUAAUUCCGCCUAGACCAGCGCUAGCUAGCGAACACGCUUGUGUGUGCAGAGCGGCACCAGAGAUAAAAUGUUUGUUUUUUUUAAAUGCAUUUUGUAGUUAAUAAAUCCAAUGUGAAACCUGAUAACUAUCCUUAACUACCAUUGAACAAGUUAAUCCAUUGGUCUCUAAUAAAAAUAUCUGAAUCAUUUUCAGCUGGCAGGCAGGCAGACACUGGAAUACAUUUCUGAGUGACAAAGCGAGGGCUUUGCAUAGGUGCUUGGUUGCAUUUUUUUGUGGGACUGGAAAAAAAAUGCCCGGAAAGUAAAAGAACAUUAUUAACCAGUUCCCAUUCUUUUAAAAUAACGGUUCUGAUCCGGAACAGUAUAGAUCACUUUUGUUCUCUGUUCUAUCCCUCGAAAUGUUUAGUUCUUUUACGGUUUUCGGUUCUGUUCCCUGAACUGGUUCCAACCCCUGGUUGUGUGUGUACUCUGAUACACACAAAGCGAUUAGGAGAUGAGCUGUCAAUGUCUGUGUUACGGUGCUCUUGUGCUGUGGCUGUGGAACUACUAUUAUUAUUUUUUCUACUGUGAAGAUUGGCUGUGAAUACUGCUGAAAAGAUGAGCGACGAGUAUUUGUGUGCAUGCAGUGCGGUACAUUAAACCACGUUAUACUCCCACCAGGUGGAGAAAAAGGAGAGGAGCGUAUAAGAGAGGAAGCGAAGGGAGAAGGUGUAGCUUUGAAACAACCCUUAGGCACUCCUGUUUGAUUUCAUAUGGUCAUUCCUUCACCUUGCCUUCCGAUGGGCUCGGUGGAAUUCAUACCAUAUUGCUGCUGGAGUUCAUUGGGAAUAGUUUCAAUUUGGCAUUCAGAAAGCUACGGAAGAAUGAUCGAAAGGGAAGGAGAGGGAGGGAGGGAGGGCGCUCAGUUUGCUGCUGCUCCAGAGCU